UGCAAGAAUAUGAGGAUAUAAAGGAAUACCAAGAAGCGAAGAUACGUGCCGAAGAACUUCAAGCGAAGCGCACGGAAGCAUUUGGCCCAGAUGACCUCAGUACCCUCAACGCGCAAGCUUGGAUGGCAAACAUUCUUCACGAUCUCGGCCAAUAUAACAGUUCUGUGAAGAUAAGGCGAAGUGUACUGGAAUCCCGGAUAAAAAUUCUGGGACCCCGCACCUCACUCGUUGCCUUAACCAAACAGAAAUUGGCCCGUACGCUACACGCAUUGGGAGAGCAAGAAGAAGCUUUAUCUCUCGCAACUGAAGCUGUGGAGAUUCAACAGGAAGCAGCCGGACCCAAUGAUAUAACACUGAAGGAUAUGAUGGAGCUAGUUACAACAAUUAAUACUGCUGCCCCUCCUCAGGGAACUAGUGUGUCAGUCACGACUUCACAACCUGAAGACUCAGGUCCCUCAGCCGAAGAA